AUUUCUAUAUGGAAUAAAGAUGAAAAAGUAAGCGAAAUUAGCUUUGAUAUUUCUUCUGCAAGUUAAUCUUUAUUAAAUUUGAAUACAUAUGGAUAUUUUAAAGUCAUGAUAGAUUUUAUUAAAAAAGAUAGUAGUGAAAGUUUUUAAAAAUAUAAUAUGUAUAUGUAAUUAAGAAAAAAAGAACUUUAAAUAUAAAAUAAUGAUCAAUUAAUUAAAUAUUUACCUGAUAAUAAUUUAAAUUCUGAUUAUUACUGGAGAGCAAGAGUUGAUAUUAGAAUGUUUUUGGAGUUAAAGUGGUGA